GCAGGGGAGGCGCCGAGCCGGCAUGGCGGCGGCCUGAGGGCAGCGAUGGCGGGGCUGGCGCGGCGCUCGCUCUGCCGGGCCUUGUGCGUGCCGGCACGGCCGCCCAGCUCCCGCCAGCUGCGGGAGGCCGACGAGGCUGCCCCGGUGUUCCAGUACGCGGGGAAGGCGGCCCGUCGCAAGGACCGCGUGUUCGUGUGGGGCUUCAGCUACUCGGGCGCCCUGGGCAUCCCCAGCUUCGUGAAGCCGGACGCGGGCUGGAAGAAGCCGCGGCGCAUCCAAACCACGCCGUACCGCCUGGAGACGGAGGAGAAGAUAACCUCUGCUGCCUGUGGUUAUGGAUUCACACUGCUGGCUUCGAAUACCAGGGACAUCACCAAAGUGUGGGGCAUGGGGCUCAACAAGGACUCCCAGCUUGGAUUCCAGAGGAGCAGAAGAGAUCAAACCAAGUUCUAUGAGUAUGUCUUGGAACCAUCUCCAAUUCCAUUACCACUGGAGAAACCGCAGCAAACUCGAGUCUUGCAAGUGUCCUGUGGGAGAGCCCAUUCCCUGGUCCUGACAGACAGUGAAGGAGUUUUCACAAUGGGAAACAAUUCUUAUGGACAGUGUGGCCGGAAGGUUGUUGAAGAUGAAAUUUACAGUGGAAGCCAUCUCAUUCAUCAGCUGAAGGAGUUUGACAGCAGAGUUGUCCAGGUUGUGUGUGGGCAGGACCACAGUCUGUUUAGAACCAAGAAAGGUACAGUCUAUGCUUGUGGAUGGGGAGCUGAUGGACAAACAGGUCUUGGACACUAUAACAUCACCAGUGUUCCUACAAAGCUGCGUGGUGACAUUGCUGGAGUAAACAUUGUCCAGGUCUCUUCCUAUGGGGACUGUUGUCUGGCUGUUUCAGAUGAAGGAGAUGUCUUUGGUUGGGGAAAUUCAGAAUACUUGCAGUUGGCUUCUGUCACAGAAACCACACAGGUGAAUGUUCCCAGGCAUUUGCCAUUCAAGAUUGGGAAGGUGAAGGAGGCUGCCUGUGGAGGGACUGGCAACAUUGUGCUAACAGAAGAAGGAAAUGUUUUUGUCUGGGGAUAUGGAAUUCUUGGGAAAGGACCAAACCUAAUAGAGACAGCAGUGCCAGAGAUGAUCCCACCCAGCCUCUUUGGCUGGUCAGACUUCAGUCCAGACACCCGUGUUGCUCACGUUCGCUGUGGCCUCAGCCAGUUUGCAGCCCUUACAAACAGAGGAGAACUGUUUGUGUGGGGGAAGAAUCUAAGAGGGUGCCUGGGAACUGGAAGAAUGGAAGACCAGUAUUUCCCAUGGAGAGUGACUGUUCCUGGUGAGGUGGUGGAUGUGGCCUGUGGAGUUGAUCACAUGGUAAGCAUGGUCAGGUCUUUCACCUAGGGAUGCUGCUGGCUCUCAGCACUGCACCAGGGCCGUGCAGGGACUUGGUGACAAGCUUCUUGGAAAGGAAAACUCAUUUUGUGAAACCAAGUGACUGUGAGCAGAGACAGCCAUAGCAGUGUCUGGGUGUGUUCUCAUCCCUGCAUCACUGGAGUGCUCUGGCCUGGCUGCAGGAAGGAAGCACAUUCCCUGAGGAGUGUGGAAAUGCAAGGAGUGCUCUGGCUCCUUUCUGAUGAGCUCCCAGAGGAUCUGAGGCCCAGCCUCAAGCUGCUGAGCCCCUCUGUGCCUGAAGAUGAAGAGCAUCUCCCUUAAGGAAGACUGGCAUGGGAUGAGAUCUACAGCACAGGACAUUGAUAUAUGGACAUUUCCUGUCACCAGCUCUGGAGUGUCAGUGUUGGGCAGAGCCAAACUAUUUCUCAAGGGAAAAGUUGGGUGUUUUUUAAUUACUGUUAUGUGGAAGAGAGGUCAUGCUAGGUCUUGAAGCCCAGCACAGCUGUCCUGGGUGGCCACCCUCAGCUGCACUGUGCUCAGGCUGUUGUCCUGUGCAGAAACUGGAUGCACAGCCCUUGCCUGGAGGCACUAAUGUUUCUCUGGGCUGUUGGAGGCUUUCUGUGUUAGUGCUAAAGACUAAACACCAAAGGAACACGUUCAGAGUGAGAACCUGUGUGGAGGGUAAGUACUAUCAAAUAAGACAGCAGGCUCUCUGUGCUGCAGGAGGACAGAUGGAUGGUGACAGCAGCCAGUGUAGCUUAUUGAGGGGGGCUGGAAACAAAGCCCCUGAUCAGCUGCCUGCAAAAUCAGUGCUCAGGCGUGGAUGUGAGCAGUGCUCACUGCCCCUCAGGUACCUUUUAUCCUUUUGCUGAUCACACAUCACCAUCUUUGAUUUUUUUUUUUAUUUCCUACACCCUUUCUGUUUGCAGAGGUAUGGCUCUCAGUUGCACUUAGCUGGGAUUUCAGGGAUGCCUACCAGGGGAAAGAGUCUCAAUGGGUAAGAAGCAAAAGCUUCAUUCCUUGGUGCCUUCAUAGCAGUAAGGUGAUAGAGAUGGGAUGCAGCAGCUGUGUGUUUCUGUGUUUCUCACCCAAUCUCACACCCAGUAUGGGAAACUCUCCUGUGAAACACUCCAAACAUCAGGCAGAGUUGUGUCUUUUCUCUCUGUGUGGGAUACUUCUAGUGUGCAAACUAUUUUGGUGGAAUCCAAGCUAGUAGGUUUUUAAUAAAGUGAUUAUAAAAUCUUUAUCAGUAGUAAUAGGAAUGUUCUUGAGCAGGAUCUGCUCAUGCAUUGGUUGGAUCUGCAUUUGAACUGCAGCAUUUUGGUUCAGUUAUGUGACAGGAAACCACUUCUGUCAGCUGAGCCAGCUCCAUACCUGCAGGAUUUAUAGUGUUGUAGUCAGCAUUGCAGCCAUGGCCCCAUGGCACACCACACCUAUUGGCUUCAUUAGAUGGAAUUCUGUACCAAAACUCGCCGUGUACACUUUACCUUGAUUAAAUGAGUUUUGAAGGGUUUGCAUAAAAUACAGGAAAGGUGAACCAAAGGACAUGGAAAUAGAGACACAUCUCUUGAGUUGUUGUUGAUGUUCCUGUGUAACAGGCAUUGCUGGGUGGCUGAGGCAGAACAGAAAGCUGCUAUGAAAGUGGCAGACCUUCACUACUCUGAACUCCCAUUUGGUUGGCUUUAAUUUAUGCCUGAUUCCAUGUGCAGCUUGGGCAACUUGCAGUGCCCAAGAAUGUCUUGUUGGCCUCAUGGGAGUAGGUUUGUCCUUUCAACUUGAGGAGGCUUAUUGAACCAUGGAAAACACGUACAAAAACUGGUUAGAAAGGUGAUACAAACAAUUCCUGUCAUGGAUGUUGCUGUUGAGGGGGCUGCUCAGUGCUGGGCUCUCAGCUGCUCAUUCCCAGCUGAUUCCCAAUGCACCUUGGGGCUGGCCCUUGUGAAGAGCUGGGUUCAGUCCUUGUGUUGCAUUCUUGCUGUACAAUAAAUUGCAAAUUCUUUGUCUUGAUGAGAUGCCAGUGAGAUCUUCAGCCCUAAAUAGAGGUGUUGUAUGGCUUAGUGCAGUGGGGUAUUUGUGCCUUCCUUAUGUGCUUGUGGGCAUUCUCAGACAUUGCUUGGUGGAAAUGAGUUUACAUGUUUUGGUUACAGUGUGGAGGAAGUGUUUUUGUCUUAGCCAGGUGCCCCCCAACCUGCUCUGUCAUCCCUCCCCCAUCAGCAGCACAAGGAGAGAGAAUCUCAUGGAAAACUGGGGUUGGAACAAGGACAGGGGACCUGUUACCAUCAUGGGCACAGCAGACUCACACUGGGGAGAUUAUUUUAUUGCCAAUGAAGUAGAGCAGGGUAAUGAGGAAUUAUGUAUGUCUGAAUAGAAGUCAAACAGUGCUUUUCCCACACAUCUCCCCUCUUCCCAGGCUCAGCCUUGCUCCUGACUUUUCUACUUCCUUCAUCUCCUCUGCUGACCCUUGUAUUUGUUGUCUGUCACAGAUGCUUACUCCUUUCUUCUGGCUGCUGCUGUGGAGCAGUUUUUCCCCUUUCUAAAAUACAGUUCUUUGAGAGCUGCUCCUGCUGUUGCUGAUGGCUCAGGGUUAGCUCAGAAAAUGAAAACACCCUCUUCCCUGCCACACCCCGUGUCUGUUGAAGGCAGAUCCAGCCUGUGUGGGUUAUGCUCCUGCAGGAUCAGGGCCACACAGGAGCCCAGCUGUGCUGGGGUGGCUUCAGGUCACUGCCAUUGUGAGCUGCAAAGCAACUUUGCAUCAUUUUGUCCUUCAAAGUAUGGCAAAGUAGACAGCCCAAAAUAUACCAGCAUCCCUAAAUAUACCUGCAGUGAGGGAGUGUAUGGGCCAAGGAUGCACAGGGGGAACAGCUCAAAUUAGAACUAGAAUAACCUACUUGAUUUGGCAUUGAUUACACAAGUGAUGUGCCCUCAGAUCAGCACUGUGCUGGUGUGUUUGGCUUAAAAUAGCCCAGAAGGGCUUCAGGAUGGUCCCCUGGUGCAGAGCCCUGUGCAGGAACAGCUCCAAGCACUGCAGUGGCCCAGCAGGGUUGCCACAGUGGCUGAGGACUGCAGGAAGGAUGGGGAGAGGUUCAGUCCAAGUGCACCUGUGCAAGCUCAGGCCUCCUCACCCCACCAUGCCAAGGGGUCCUGGCAGUUCCCUGCUGGAGAGCUGAACCCAGCAUGGCCCCUGGGCUGCCCUGCAGCCCCACACAGCAAGGCUGGUCUCAUCUGUCAGCAGAUGAGGAUAAAACACAGGGGAUAAAACACAGGAACACCUGUAAGACAAAGAUUAUCUUAAGCAUUUGCUGUGUUACAACAGACUUUUCUCCACAGGAUCCUUCAAAACCAGAUGAGUCAGAAAACUAAUAAUUAGCCUUUGGCAUUCAAAAUACUCCUGAAACAAUAUUACUUCACUGUGCUUCAUCAUAACUCAUAAAAAUCUAUUUUUGUAGCAUUUUUUGCAAGGGGCUGGAAUCUCCCCACCUCUCCCUCCAGUGCCCCAGCACCUCCUGCUCAAAGGGGUGAGCCUGGGCAGGUGAGAUAGGAAAAACACUGAUGGGAGAAGGCAUCAGUGUUUGGGGUCUGGACACCAGUUUAACAGCCUCAGUCCUCUUAUUUACCUUGAGAUGCCAUUUGCUUUUGUGGGGAAUUGUAGGCAGUGUUGAGAUUGUGUGGCAGUGUGUGUUGAUUUAUUUGGGUUUUUGUUUUACAGGAUUAAACCCUUGAGGCAGUGCUUUGCAUUAAGGCUGCAUUCCAUAUUAACAAUCCUCAGUUAAUUUCUUACAUGAAUGUUUUAACACUUGAUCAUGAGAGUAAACAAUGGAUUACACUACACUAAAAAGGAGAUGCUUGCCUUGACUGCAGUUCAUGUAGAUGAGCUGCUUCCCUUUAAACACCCACUAUAAAUGGUUAAAACUGUGAGAGGGUGAUGAUAUUUUUUUGCAGUGUUUUUCUUGCAUGCUUCACACAGGUUGUUCAGGUUUUUCUUGCAGACCAUGUGACAGUGGUGCUGUGCAACCACACUGUGACUGAGACCCACAGUGGCUGCCCUAAAACAGCCCAUGGGGAGGCUGAGUUUGUUCCCCUGCCACUGCUGGGGUGUGGCUCUGGGGGUGUCCUGCCAGCAUCUCUGGGGGGCUGCCCAGGCUCCUGGGCAUCUUGCACUCUGCAGUGAGCACCUAAAACUACAGCUGGCAAAUGCACUAGGAGCAUCCCACUGACCUCUUACUUUAAAGGAGAGGAUAGGGCAG